AUGCUUCAAAGGAAAGGAACAAGCAGCUCUGGGUUGCAUCUGCCAGAACCAUUUGCUAGCAUUCCAAGGGAAUCUUUCUUAUUCGGACCUUCUCCAAUUCAGGCACUGCCUCGGAUAUCACAAGCCUUGGGCGGAGAAGUGCACGUCUAUGCAAAGCGCGAAGACUGCAAUUCUGGCCUGGCCUUUGGGGGUAACAAGACCCGCAAACUCGAAUAUUUUGCACCCGAAGCCAUCGCUCAAGGAUGCGAUACCUUGACCAGCAUUGGUGGUGUGCAAUCGAAUCAUACCCGACAAGUUGCUGCAGUGGCAUCAAAAUUGGGGCUGAAAGCCGCACUGGUGCAGGAGAAAUGGGUAGAUUGGAGUGAUCCUGUGUACACAGAGGUCGGCAACAUUCAGCUCUCCCGUCUGAUGGGAGCGAAUCCACGUCUCGACCCAUCUCCGUUCGGUAUCGAGCACAAGGACACUCUAGCCAAUUUGACCAAGGAGAUCAUCGCUAAGGGUGGAAAACCGUACUAUAUUCCCGCUGGAGCAUCGGACCAUCCACUGGGAGGACUGGGUUUUGCCCGAUGGGCUUUUGAAGUUGAGCAGCAAGAGAAAGAGCUAGGUAUCUUCUUCGACACCAUCAUUGUCUGUGCGGUUACUGGUUCGACCAUGGCUGGUAUGGUGGCAGGCUUCAAGCUGGCACAAAAGCACGGCUCCAAGCCUCGAAAAGUAGUUGGGAUUGACGCAUCGGCCAAGGUCCAACAAACAUUUGACCAAGUUCUCCGCAUUGCGAAGGCCACCGGCAUCAAGAUUGGACUUGAGGAAAACGAUAUCACAGAAAAGGAUAUCAUCCUUGACGAUCGCUACCAUGCCGGCUGCUAUGGUAUACCAGACCAAACCACCAUCAACGCCAUCAAAUUUGGAGCGUCAACGGAAGCCUUUAUUACUGAUCCGGUAUAUGAGGGGAAGAGUUUGGCGGGCAUGAUGGACAUGAUUCGAAAGAAAGAAAUACCCGUAGGAAGUAACGUGUUAUAUGCACACCUGGGCGGACAGCUCGCUCUCAAUGCUUAUUCCUCGAUGUGA